AUGAAUAAUCAAGAUGAUAACUUAUCUGAUAUUAAUAACAAUGAUAGCUUGAUGAAAGAAUUAUAUGAAGAUGUUGAAGCACUUUGCUUUCGAAAUAUGAUGAAUCUUGAAGAAUAUGUCGAUUAUCCAGAAGAAAAAAAUACUUUUGAAACACUAAAUAAUCAAGAAAUUUUAAAUAUUACCGUUAAUCAAGAACUUGAAAAUAAUGAAAGUGAAGAAGAAGAAAAUGAAAAUAUAGAAAUGCGUCAAAUUACUUAUUAA